AAUGGCGAUAUGGAUCAAUCCCCAUGGUAAUAUAGUUACACGGACUUUGGACUUUACAGCAACACAUUGGACCAACACCAGCGGGUUUUUAAAUUGGUCAUAAUAUUCUAAUUCUCUGAUAAUCUGAAUAUUGUGUUUUCUUUACCUCUAAACUAUAAUCAUCUGAAUACUGAAAUACUAUUAUAAAUCUUUAUGAUUAGUUUUUUUUUAAAUCAAGUUAUUGUCAUUAAAUAAUCUAGCAAAAAGAAAAUUCUAAUCUUUAUUGAGAUGCCGCUAUAACAGACAAGUGGUGCAUUUUUGUAGUCGCAGGGUUUGUUUAUACAUCAGGCUGACUCCAUACUGUUCUUGCAGUCUGGACAAAGUCAGCGGAAACAUUGAAAAGACAAAGAACAUCCGCGCUAAUUAUUAUUAUUUUUUAAAAAUGUUUUAACAUCGACAUAAAAAAAAUACCUAGUGCAUUGAAUGACGUGUUGCCGUCUUCGCAACAGAGCUGAAACUCAAUCUGUUAACUUUUAAGAGGGAUUUAGUCAAAAAUAAAAAUAUUUCUAAACGAAACGUGAAACCCACAAUGUCUUGAAUCGAGAUGUGGAGAGAGGGAAGGGACGAAAUGGGGGGCGGGGGGUGUUUGAUGGGUGGGGAUGCGGGGGUGCGCAGGCUCAUUCCAGUGGGCUGGUGCACUCCCUUCCAUCUCCACAACAUUCCUACUUUUGGAGACCUGACCAAAGCGUGUCCGGACUCGGAGCCACGUGUCCCCCCACCCACCCACCUCCACCUUCCCCUGCCCUCCCUCCGUUUCCUCUUUUUCUUCCCCCGACCAUCACCCUACCAAGCCCUCUUUCAGGCCAGGUGUCAAGAGCGCCCAUCGGCCGGGAGAUGCAGCGUCUAGUCUGCCGCACACGGACUGCGGGCUCGGAGCUGCCGCAGAGCGCCUCGGCUCCCUCCGGACUGCUUCUAACACUUCUUUGAAUCCACAUAUAAGGACAUAUUUCUUCACAAUCAUUUUUUUCCUCCCCCCCCACCCCCCAAAAAAAGAGAGAGGGCAAAACAGGUUGUGUUCAAUGCGUAGCCAUGCUUCUCAUCUCGUCUCGCAGUGCGCUGCUGUCCGUCUACUACCCGCAGAUCUUCCUCAUCCUCACCAGCGGUAGCUACCUGGCAUUGUCCUCCGUGGUGGCCCUGGGCGCCAACAUCAUCUGCAACAACAUACCAGGACUGGCACCCCGUCAGAGGGCCCUCUGCCAGAGUCGCCCGGACGCCAUCAUCAUCAUUGGCGAGGGCGCCCAGUUGGGCAUCAACGAGUGCCAGUACCAGUUCCGCUACGGGCGCUGGAACUGCUCUGCCCUGGGGGAGAGGACGGUCUUCGGACAAGAGCUGAGAGUAGGCAGCAGGGAGGCAGCAUUCACCUAUGCCAUCACAGCCGCUGGAGUUGCCCACGCGGUGACGGCGGCCUGUAGCCAAGGCAACCUAAGCCAGUGUGGCUGUGACCGCGAGAAGCAGGGCUACCAUGACCGGGAGGAGGGCUGGAAGUGGGGAGGCUGCUCGGCAGAUGUCAAGUAUGGCAUGGAGUUUUCGCGACGCUUCGUGGACGCUCGUGAGAUCAAGAAAAACGCCCGCCGACUGAUGAACCUCCACAACAACGAGGCGGGUCGAAAGAUCCUGGAGGAGAGAACGAAGCUGGAGUGCAAGUGUCACGGCGUCUCCGGUUCCUGCACCACCAAGACCUGCUGGAUCACCCUGCCGAAGUUCCGAGAGGUCGGCUACCUGUUGAAGGAGCGCUACGGCGACGCGGUGCAAGUGGAGCCUGUCCGGGCCUCGCGGCUCCGCCAGCCCUCCUUCCUGCGCCUGAAACAGGCUCGGGGCUACCAGAAGCCCACGGACACGGACCUGGUGUACCUGGAGCGCUCGCCGAACUACUGCGAGGAGGACACGAUCACGGGAAGCACGGGGACGAGGGGCAGGCUGUGCAACGGCACUUCCACUCACACGGACGGAUGCAACAUGAUGUGCUGCGGCCGGGGCUACGACACGCACCACUACACGCGGGUCUGGCAGUGCAACUGCAAGUUCCACUGGUGCUGCUUCGUCAAGUGCAACACCUGCAGAGAGAAAUCGGAAGUUUUUACCUGCAAGUAGGCGCAAGGCAACGGGGACUCCGAAAAGGAAGGGCCUUGAGAUAUUUAUUACAUUUUGCACAUUUUGGCAUCGUAUUUCUAAAGAAACAGAAACUCAAGCUGAAUUUGAGCUGUGGAAGUUACUGGGAGCAACAGAGACAAACAACUUUGCAAAGUUUUUCAACUUUUUCAAAUAUUCUCAUGCAACAGCCGCAAACUUGAACAUAUUUUUUUAGGGGUUUUCAGUGAUAGACCAGCAAUAAGUAGUUAGGUGACUGUCAGCUUUGCACAAGCAUGAAAACAAGUUUUGUUUUUUUUUGUGGACAGUAAUUUUCACAACUUGGAAGAUUUUUUUUAGUUGGAUUUAGAGCUGAACUUUGACUGGGCCACUAACAGUCACUGUAGCUCUGGUUGUAUAUAUUUUUAUAUGGAAAAGUCUGCAUAUAAUUUUCUUCCCACUUCACAAUUACGCAUUACCUUAUGUUGGUCUAUCACAUGAAAACACUAAAACAUAUUUAGGUUUGUGGCGAUUAUUUUUGCAGGAAACCUAUUCGCUUCCAAACUGGUGUUAGAAGACGUUGCAUUACUAAGGCAAAAAUUUUUGACAUCGAGCAACGGCUGUUGGUUAUUAUUUUAACAUUUAUGUUCAGGGGAACAUAAAUCAGAAAUGUACUUUGGACUGCCCUGGAAGAAGCCUCCACAUGUGACCCGAAGAAAUGGCAGCCGAGCAUCUUCUCACACUGUAUUCUGUUUAAACACUGAAAAAAUAUAUAUAUAUAUAUUAAAACUAUUAUUUAUGUAGAACAUCUUGCAGCUGGGCAUCUCAUACCACUCAAACAUAUUUCCUUCACAAUGAUCAUCAUCUGUUAUUUAAAACAAACUGUGCCUUCUUUGGCACAUUCAGACAGUCACGUUGCGCUAUACUUUGCCUCAAGUUUUUACACCAAGGGCUGGUGUUGAACUGGCACAUUUUGCGCAUAAACCCACCAUCCCCAGGCCAGAUGGGUUUGUUCCGCCAACAAAUGCAUUGCUUUAGGAAUCCAACCUGUGAGUCUGAACGGCCCUCCAUCCUGACUGCGCUCAUUGUCUGGCUGUUGGACGAGCUGGUGCUUAGCAGAACGCCACGCAAGCCUCGUUGGGAAAUCCACGGAGGAGCGAUCGGGCCGAGACGCAGAGUCCCACACGGCAGCCUCUGCUUACACAAAGCCUUCCAGCGUGGUUUAGGCCUGCUCAGGCAGAUGGCAUGGGACCGUAACCACGUGGAAACGGGGAGGCAGGGGAAACGCCAAAGGCUUGCUAUUUCUGGACAGCACCCUUAAUGUAUUUACACAUUUGUUUUUGGUUGUUUUUAGGCUUUGUAUGAGGUACAAAACAAUUGGAAGAAUAUAUUUUUAUAUGAGGAACGUGGCACUUUAUGUCAUUUCUAGCUGGAAAGAGUGUUUCUUAUUCAUGUCAUUUUAUACAUAUUUGAAAGCUAUAACUUAUUUGGAAUUGGUGUUAUUUUGGAAUAAAGCUCCAGAAAUGGAAA